CGGAAGGGGCAUCGCUUCAAAACUAUCAAAUUUGAAGAGUUUAACAUUGUUGAUUUAACUAACACAUGGCAACAAACAAUAGGCUAAACAUUGGUUUCCACUUGUGAGACAUAUCUGUGUGAAAGGUAGCUGUUCCUAUGAGAACGUACAUUGCUUGGCAGUGGUAUUUUUGGAACUUUACCUUGCGUUGAAGAGGCCAACACCAUCACUGACAAUGUUGUGGUGUUUGACAGCUGAUAAAGACGUUUGUUUCAUAUAGGUAUUUCAGCAUGUAAACAUAAUUCAGAAUGGAAGAGGAUAUUGCAAUUAUUCACAAAGUUGUGAUAGUAAUAAACAGUUCACUCGAAUCGAUAAAGUCGUUGCGCAAAAGGACGGAAUUUAAAGGGGCAGUAAUUUAACCUACCCCAUUUAUAGAACCACUUGGAUCAUUGUUAUUGUAAUAUUUUGAGGGUUUGUCUGUUAGAAGUAUCUGAAACAUCAAAUCAUCAAUACACUUUUCAAAAUGGUCAUGUCAGAUGUGGAGUACCAAAGGCGUGUAAGCAGCCUUGAAGAACGCUUACGGCAUCCAAACUCUGAAGUUAAUGUCGAUGGUUUAUUGGAUAGUGUGGUAGCACUUGUGGCUGACUUGGACCAUCCAGCUAUCAAAAGAAACAAGAAUGUUGAACACUUUUUAUGUAGAUAUGGAAAAUCUGUUGAAUUUGUCAACAAGACUCGAUUACAUGCCAACGACUUUGAUGUUGUCAAGGUUAUAGGACGUGGGGCAUUUGGUGAAGUACAGCUGGUUCGACAUAAAACAACAAAAAGUGUGUUUGCUAUGAAGUUACUUAGUAAAUAUGAAAUGAUCAAACGUUCAGAUUCUGCAUUUUUCUGGGAGGAGAGAGAAAUAAUGGCCAAUGCUAAUAGUGAAUGGAUUGUGCAGUUGCAUUAUGCCUUCCAAGACAACAAGUUUCUGUACAUGGUGAUGGACUACAUGCCUGGUGGCGAUCUAGUCAAUCUGAUGAGUAAUUAUGAUGUACCCGAGAAAUGGGCCAAAUUCUACUGUGCUGAAGUUGUGUUGUCCCUUGAUGCCAUCCAUUCUAUGGGAUUUGUACACAGGGACGUGAAGCCUGACAACAUGCUGCUGGACAGUAAUGGACAUCUCAAGCUUGCAGACUUCGGCACCUGCAUGAGGAUGGAUGCUGAUGGUCUUGUGCGUUCCGAUACUGCUGUGGGCACACCAGACUACAUAUCUCCUGAGGUGUUGAAGUCACAAGGUGGGGAGGGACUUUAUGGACGGGAAUGUGAUUGGUGGUCUGUCGGUGUAUUUCUCUUUGAGAUGUUGGUUGGUGAUACUCCUUUCUAUGCGGACUCACUGGUGGGUACGUACGGAAAGAUUAUGGAUCAUAAAAGAUCUCUGCAGUUUCCACAAGAUAUUGAAAUGUCAUCACAGGCUAAAAGUCUUAUUUGUGCCUUUCUUACGGACAGAACUGAACGACUUGGAAGAAAUGGAGUUGAAGAAAUUAAGAAGCAUCCCUUUUUCAGAACUGAUUCCUGGACGUGGAAUAAUAUUCGAGAACAUGUUCCACCAGUUGUGCCUGAACUGUCAAGUGACGUGGACACAAGUAAUUUUGAUGAGAUUGAAAAAGAAGACUCUCCAGAUGAAACGUUCCAGCCUCCAAAGGCUUUUGCUGGAAACCACUUACCUUUUAUUGGUUUUACUUACAACAAGGAAUACCAACUUUUGUGUAAUGGGCCUUCAAAAUCUGUCUCCCAACAAUCUGUGGGCGGUGAUGGAAGGCUUCAACAGAUUGAAGACCAACUUCGACAAUCAAAAUCUGCCAAAGAUGAUAUUGAAAGGAAAUUCCACAAAGCCAGGCAAGAUCUGGAUAAACUGUCGACCGAAGAGCAAGUGUUGAAGAAGGAAUGUCAGCAGCUUGAAAGAAAUGCAGCUCUAAUGAAACACGAUCUCAAAGAGGCUAACAGAAGGUUAGAGCAUGAAGCAGAGCUUAAGAGAAAAGCAGAGAAUGUUGUGAGAGAGCGAGAGAAACAACUGGACACUGCUAGACAUCAGAUCUCCAACAAUUCUUUACAUUAUGAGAGGGUUCAGUCACUUGAGAAGUCGGUAAAUGAGCUGACGGAGAAUUUGCGUCGUGAGGCUGAGGCGUGUAACAAGUACAAGCGUCAGUACACAGAGCUGCAGCAGAGGCUGGCGAUGGCCGAUCAGAAGUACGCCGACCUGGAGGACAAGUACAUAAAAGCGGUCAGCUCGGAGAGAGAUGUCGAACGAAACCUGGCUAGUUUACAAAACGCAUUUGAACAGGAGCGCAAUAGUCGCAACCAGGAGUCAGAGCACACUGCCGAACUUAAUGAAAGAAUACGAGCCUUGCAAGCUGAACAAGAUAACCUUUUCAGAAAAGAAGAAACUCUGUCUCAAGAAAUUAGUAAAAACAAACAAACCAUUGCACAUUUAGAAAAGAGUCGUGGUAGUCUGGAGUUGGAACGGGACAACUUUAAACGCCGGUUGGAGGCAGAAAUUCAAAACCACAAAGAGACUGUAGCACGGUACAAUGCUGACAAGAAGCACAUACUCAUGUCCACAGAAGAGGCUAACAUGGAACAGAUGAAAGAUAUGCAAUUGAAACUGGAGCAGGAACGGAGUCUUCGUCAGAAGGCCGAUGCCCGGAUAUUGGAAGUAGAAAAAAGGAAUAGUGAGAUGACCUUUGACCUCACUCAGCUUCAGCAGCGGAUUGCGCAGCUACAGGAUGAGCUUAGACGAGAAAAUGAAAAGUCAAAGAAUCUUGGUCUUCAAGUUGAACAGGAAGUACAGAGGAGAAACUUGAUGCAAGGCGACUUCAAAACACAAAACCAGGAAUUACUCAAGCUCAAAUCAAAGGAGAAGCAACUUGUUAAAGAAAUAAAAGAUCUCAAGACGGAAAAGAAACACAUUGAAGAAGAAAUGAAAAGGAAGGCCGAUGAUGCAUCUAUUCACGACCUCCAGCUGAAGGAAAUUACAGAACAGUUGGAAGCUGAGACAUACUUCUCUUCCCUGUACAAGACUCAAGUGAAGGAGCUGAAGGAAGAGGUUGCUGAAAAGAAGCAGCAAAUCCAAGAUCUCUCGAAUGACAUAUAUAAUGUUAACCAGGAAAAAGAUUCUAUUGGUGCUCAGCUGCAGCUGGCCCUGGCUAAAGCCGACUCGGAGCAGCUGGCCCGCCAGAUAGCAGAAGAGCAGCUGUCCGAUGUUGAAAAAGAGAAGACUAUGUUGGAAUUGGAGAUCAAAGAACUGAUGUCUCGCUUCAAGAACGACAUGUCCAAGAAGGAAUCUAUGAUCAGUUUGUUGGAAGAUACAAAGAGAGAUUAUGGUACCAAUAUUGAAAAGCUUCAGACCGACAAAGAUGACCUCAACAAUAAGAUCAAGAAAUUGUCUGAAGAUAUCAAUAGUUCUCAACAGUCUGAAAUGAUGAAACUUAGAAAGCAGUUGGAGGAUGAAAGAAUCAAGAAAACACAGGCUGUGAAUAAACUGGCUGAAAUCAUGAACAGAAAAGAAUUCAGCAGCCAUGACAAGAAGCGUGACAAGUCACUGGGAGCAGACCUCAAGAGGAAGGAGAAGGAGAGCAGGAAACUUCAGCAGGAACUCACAAUGGAAAAGGAGAAAUACAACAAAAUGGUUGCAAAGAUGCAGCGAGAAAUUGCUGAAUUUCAGCAGAGUGUAUAUGAGGAAGGACAAGCCAGACAGAAGCUGCAGUUGGAACUUGAUGCCAAAGACUCUGAGAUUGAACAGUUGAGAAUGAAACUCAACUAUGCCAACAUCGACUCUGUGUCGGUCAACAGUGGUAACCUUGAUGACACCACAACUGAGGAGAAUGAUAACUACAUGGAGGGGUGGCUGGCCAUCCCAAACAAACAGAAUAUCAAGAAAUAUGGCUGGCGGAAACAGUAUGUUGUCGUGAGCAGUCGAAAAAUACUGUUCUACAACACAGAAAAUGAUAAACAGAAUGCUCAGCCAGUUUUAGUAUUAGAUAUAGAUAAAUUAUUCCAUGUGAGACCAGUUACACAAGGGGACGUAUAUAGGGCAGAUGCAAAAGAUAUACCAAGAAUAUUCCAGGUGCUAUAUGCUUCAGAGGGAGAAAACAGAAAACCAGAAGACCACCCUCAAGAACUGAUCCAGGAUAGAGCAGGUGUGAUCUUGUACAAAGGUCAUGACUUCUUCCCACUGCACUUCCGUACUCCAGCUACAUGUGAUUCCUGUAACAAAACCUUGUGGCAUAUGCUGCACCCACCACCUGCCUUAGAGUGCAAGCAUUGCCAUGUUAAAGUCCAUAAAGAUCAUUAUGAUAAAAAUGAAGAAUUCAUUGCUUACUGCAAAGUGAACUAUGAUUCAGGUAUUCCAGCCAAAGAGAUGCUGUUGUUAGCAGAGUCUUCUGAAAAACAAAGAAAGUGGGUCACGCAUCUCAGCAAGAAAGUCAGUUCAACUGGAAUAAUUAGUUCAGGAAAUCUCAGCUCAGCAAGAGGUGCUAAGCAGUAUUCUUCUUAUGGUCCCCAGCAGAGACAUGCACUAGCAGCGAAAUCCGCAACACUCCCUCCCAACUCUCGCCCUUGAGGCUGGUUACGAGAGAAAACUCUAUAUGGUUCAGUUCUCAACAAUGGCUUAUAUAACCAGCUUGACAUUAACCAGCUUGACAAGAAUAGUGCAUUGUGCUGAGAAGACGCCGCCAAGAUCGGAUAUCUGAGGAGUUGUUCACUCAUCUCAUAAAUACGGAACAUGUUUUUGUCACUCUUCAGUGCAUUCUCAUACACCAAACUAAAUUGGUCUGCAUAAUGUUAUUUUUAACACUGAUAUCAUUGUUGGCUGGCUUAUGGAAUGUGCAUAUCACUCAUGUUAUUAGGGAGUAUUCAAUAGUGUGGUAUGGUUUAUAGUAAUAGUUGCUUAAUCAAUGGAAGUUAGAAACAAAUGGCAUCUCGGAUAUGAGCCAGAUUGACUUGCUAAGUUUUGUUGAGAUGUGUGAUUACUGAGGUUGUAAUGGCAGCCGUUGCCAAUUGUGACAGUCGCAAGUACAGAUUAAUAGUAGGGUUAAGGUGAAACAUCAAGUAAGACUAAUGGAAAUGGCUAUUUCAGUGCCCAGUAACACUUAACACACUUCUGAUGCUUUGUGUUUAAUUAAUUAAAGUCAUGAACUUGAAGGCUUAUUGUUAAGUUGUCUCUACAAAUUUAGAUACUUUGGCUAUUAACAUUGUGAUUAAGUACUUUUUUGUUUUCUUUUUUACACACACUUUUGUUUUAAAUAAGUAAUUACGUCAGUCUUAUUUAAGUAUGUGAAUAAUUAUUAAACUUGUGGAUCUUGUAUAUCAAAAUUAAUAGGGUAUAACCUGGAACGAAUAUUUUAUGUGUUCAUUUUAUGUGAACACUGAAGAAAAAUUUAAUUUAAUCAAAAUCUGAGAUGAUGUAUUCAAGUCACUUUAAAAUUAGGCUUAGCUGCUAAAAGGGUAAGCUCUGCAUCACAAGUUUAAAGUAAACAAAAAUAUGGCAGCCUUUAUUAAAAACACUCGGCCUCUAUAAUAAAAAAAUUUAAUGAAUGAAAAAAGGCAUUAGAAAAUAUUAUUCUCUUCUAUUUGUGAAUAUUUUAUGGUGUUUAACCACUAUUUAGGUAAAACACUUAAUUUAUCAGUCCAAAUAAAAAGAAAUGGUGUAAACACUAAAUAUUUUUUUUUUUAAAAGAGAAUGAUUUGAAUCUCUAAAAUAGGUAGACUACAUACAAAUAAUUCAGUGCACAUAAUUAAAUAUUUCACAUAAUAAAUGGCACACCUAUUUCCCGCAGUAAAAUAACAAAAAGGUAAAUGGUUUUGAAAAUGAAAGAAAACAAAGAAUUUUUUAGAUUUCAAUUUAUGGAUGAUCACAAAAAUAAAAUUAUUUUGAUGAGUUAUAUUUAUAAAAAACAGUUUGAAAAAUGCACCCUUUUUUGCCAUUUCUGUCAAUAUGGUGAAUAUAUAAUGUACAAAAUGUUAAGUGAAUAUUUAGAAUUUCAUAUAUAAUGUGCAUAUAUAGUGUUUAAAAAGGCUGUUUAUUGAGCUUUUUACACUUUUUAUUCAGUCCAAAACCAUUGUUUUUGGCUGGCCGUUCAUAAGGUCGUGUACUAAGUAUUGUACACCGUACACCUCAUAUAUUAACUGUACCUUUUAUAUUUUUGUCUCAUAAGAUUUUAUAUUGUCUUCCAGUGUUCAUAUCUCAAUGUGAAUGUUGCAUUCCAUCUCUAGUUGUACAGCUGUUGAACCCUUUUGGUGAAACUAUUUGGUGGUUUUUUCUCUCUUUCUUUUUUAAAGAAAGCCCUUAAAUUUGUGCAUAAUGUUAUGUAAAAGUUUCAACUGCAUGUUGUAUCUGCUCUAUCAAAAUAUGUGCUUUGCUUAAAGUUGUUGCCUCAUUCAGAGUACAAACACAAAGUUUAAGGUACCAUAUUCCAUGUCAUAGAAAAGCUUUUAAUUGUGUUGCCUUGUGACUUUGGUUAAGUUAAUGUUAAGGCUAUAAAUCUACAUCAAUUAUAAACAUAAUUGCUGCAUCCUAGGUGACUAUGUAAUCUGUCUAAAAGCUCUGAUUAUUUAAACCUCUGCACAUACAGGAUAAUAAAUGAGUUACCAGUUAUUAAAUUUAUGAUCUGAGUGAAAUAAUUUUCAUUUGUCACAUGCUUUAGCAAGUGACAAAUGAAAAUUAUUUCAUGAGGGACAUAACUGGUUAUUCUAUUUAUUACCUCAGCUAUAUAUUUUUUUAAUAGCCUUUUAUUUUCGAUAUUCACACACCUACAAGUAUGAUGUAAGUCAAUUUACACACUGUUCUGAGUAUUGCUAUAAAUUUGUAUUUUAAUCACAUUCACAGAUAAUACUUAGUAUUAAAAAACGAAACUUUUGCUUAUUCUGUUAAAAAACAUCUAUAUUGAAUUGCAUUAAAAUAACAUUUUACUACAAAUUUAACAAUGAAAACAGCUGUAAAUCAUACUAAAUGCAAAUGCUUUAAAUUAUGAGACAUCAUGUUGUGUUUGACAAAUUGUGAUGUCAUCAUAUUUAGUACCAACAUCGUUGGCUUGUAAUCUCAAUUGUCCAGUAGUAUUGUUCGUUACACCAAUGCAGAAUAUUUCUCACUGAGAAAAUAUGAAAAAUAUUUUCCCCAUUAUGAGUGACCACUGGGGUAAUAAAUUGUAUGAUGUAAUUCAAAAGGAACUGUCCUUUGAAAUGUGUAUGAUGUCUUUCAUGCAAUUCUGAAAAGUGUAUAUACCCCAACCCCCUCAAAACAGAAUUUCAGAAAGUAUAUUUAUUUUUAUAAUAUGUGCAGCUUCAAGAGUUUUAUUAUUAUUAUUAUUUAAUUUUUGUCUUGCCAUGAUGAAGUAAAAAGGCAAGAUUUAUGUAUUACUUUUUCGACUAUGAUGUCAGUGCCAUCAACCUUUGUUUUCAACUCGAGGUAAAGUUUGUGUCUAGCUCCAUUUUUUACAAACUGUAAGUCCUAGAUAGAUGAAACUGUUAGAAGGAAUUGACCACAAAGAUGAAAAUACAUUAUUUUAUUUUAUUUUUAAAAUAAAUUUAUAUAUCCAUGUCCUUAAUGAUUUCUACAUAAUCUCAAUUUACUCACUGUCCAUGUUUAGAAAAGGCUAUAAGGGUCUCAAUAUACAUUUGAUAUAUAAUUUUUCUUUUUUUUAGUUUAAAGAUGAUUUUUUUUCCCCCAGCUUAUUACAAAUCACAUAUAUGAAGAAAAUGUCCAUGUUGUCGGGUUAAGUUUAUAAAGUCUUUUUCAGCUUAGUAAUCUUUUCCUCAAGCUUUAUGCUCACUUGCUGUGUUUGAAAUAAGGUUUGUGUUGAUUUGCAUACCUGCCUUUGUCAGGAUUUGUGGACAAUUUUAAUUCCAGUCUUCACAGAAAAAAAUUGAGAUUUUAUGUGCCAGAUGGGUUUGUUUGCAAUGUAAAUAUGUUGAAUGCAGUGUAUCUGUGUAUGUCCUGGAACUGUGUAGCAUUUAGCUGUGCCAAAUACCUUACGACGUCAACAAAGAGUGUGUUAAAUAUUGCUUUGUCAUGUAUGUUCCAUUUAAAUGUCCCGAUGAGAAGUAACGAGGAAUUGUAAGUUUAUGUGAAACUUUGUUCUUGUUAUUCAGUAUGUUUGCCUUUAUUCUUGCAUAUUUGUAAUUUGUCCGUCUACCCUCACAAAAUAAUAAUAAGAAAAAUGAAGCCAUUAUUACUUGUUGCUUAGCAUCUUAUUAAAUUAAAACCCAUUUAUUACCUAUUUAUCUAUUGCUCUAUAAAUUUAAAAUUGAUGGUAGUAAUUGUAAUUACUAGUAUUUCGGGUAUUGUAGUUAACUCAGCAAGAUCACAUCAGUUUCACAAAAGUCAAUGUUUUUCUCUUGUUGGGGUUAGUUACAUGGGGUGAGGCUUUGUUUGUAGUCCUAUAUUUGUAAAGAGUGGAGAAGACCAUGAUUUCACUUCAGCUUUCUUUUGCUAAAUGGACACAAAGCAUUGUUGAGGUAUAUGAUUGCAGAUAGGUUGGGAAAACAUGGAUAUAGAGCAGCAAUAAAAACUGGUUUGGGGGUUUUACAGCAAUACUGUGAUGUUAGAUGUUGCCUUGUGAUUCUUUAAUCAUGCAAAAACCACAUUUGGCUUUAAAAUACUUAAAAUUAUGAUAUACCAUGAAUAUAAACAGCGCAAUUAGUUGCAAUAUUCACACUGUAUACUACACAUAGAGACAUGUGUAUUUGUAAAUGUGCAAGUUGAACUUGUUAAUAUAUUCAUAAGAUGUGAAAAUGUUAAUAAGCAUGGUGUAUGCUAAAUUAUCCUGGUUUUCAUUAUGUCAUAGUAGCUAGUGAGAUGUACUUUUUUGUUAAAGCUGUUAUGUUAUGAAGAUUUUUUCUUUUUUUAUGUUAUAAUAUUUUUCAAUUAAAAAAGCGUUUUUUACUCUGUGCCUUUUCACCUUUGCGUAUGAGAUGUUUUGUCAACUUUUUUUAACCCUCAUUAAUAAGCCGUACAUAUAGAAGAGAGGGUUCAUUGUGUAUUAUUUUGUUUAAAUACACAUUUACUGUUUGAAACAAAACACCUACAUAUAGAGAUAGAAGGAAGGACAUUUUUUAUUUAACAACAAACUCUAUAGAGAUAGAAUGCAUAAAAUAUUGCCCUUUAAAAAAGACCUAACCUAGCACAUUUUAGAUUGUUCAUAAAGAUAAUAUGUAUAUCUUAUGCACUGUUGCUAUUUUCUCUUUCUUCUGAAGUACAUGAUUAUCAUAUAUGAAUAUUUUUAGGUACCUAUUGUAUUCAUUCAUUAACAUUUUGCACUGUGUCCUACCCAUGCCCAAAUUUUAUGCAACAAAUUUCAAGUGCUGAUACAAAACAUUCCAAUGGCUUUAACUAUAAUAAAAGUGCUAUUUAAUGUGUUUUUAAGAACAGUUUAUUACAUAGUUGUUUCCUACAAACAAUAAUGUUGUGUAUUUAAGAGGAGAUUAAGUUUAUUACUUGUCUCAUUUGGAGUAAUGACAAUAUUUCAAUUAGCAGCUGAACGGAAUGAAAAAUUGUGUUGAGAAUUACUUUAAAAAAAAAUCAUCAAUUGAAAUUAUUUUUAAGCAAGUUAAUGCAAUGCAUAAUAACAAUUUAAACUUAUUAAAUUUACUCAUUGAGCUUUCCAUAAUUAAUAUGUUUAAUAAAAACAAAAAUAUUAAAAUAAGUUUUAGAUAAAAAUUGAUAAAUAAUUUUGAGUUGAAACUGUCAAAAUUCACAUGUAUUGAUAUUUUAACUAUUUCCGUUUCUUAACUCUUGUUUCUGAUAUCUCUUCUUCUUUUUUUCUGUUGUUAUGUUUGAAAUUAAAAUAAUUCGACCAUUAAUAUUAGGAUGUAGUUUUUGGUAGAUCUUCAAGCUCUCCGAUUUUAAAUUAGAACAAAACUUAACAGAAAUAUACAUGAACUUGAUUGUUAUUGGGAAGAAUGUUGAACUUGUAUACUCCUAAAAAUAAGAAAAUAAAACCUUUUUGAAGAAAACAUAUUUGCAGUAAUGCUUAAAAGUGUUAUAAAAUCUUAUAUUAUUGACUACCACUACUACUACUAGUACAUCAACAAAAAAUUUAGGAAAACAAAUUUUCAUGUUUAUGUAGACAAAUAGUCACCAAAUAACAGUGAAAAAUGUAGACAUUGCAGAAAUGUAUUUAAUUUCAGUUACUGUAACAGUUAUAAAUUAUUUAGACCAAUUAUAACAUUUUUCUUUGACAUACUGCUACUGAAUGUACAUUUUAUUUCUGAUAUCCUUUGUUGUGCAGUUGUGGAUCAUAUGUCAUUCUCCUUUGAUAUCAUUCAUAACUAUCAAUACAUAUACAGUUGUAUAAUACUUAACUUAAACUUUAAUAAGUGAAUUUUUUAUUAUUAUUAUAGACUAAAUAUGUAUUGUACUAAAUAUGUAUUGUACUGUUAAUAAUGAAAUCGGUGUUAAAACAAUACUUUUUUUUUAAUAAGUAAUAGAAAGUUCAAAUACUUUCAGUAAUGCUGUCUACUUUUCAAUCAUGCAUGAUUUCUGAUAACAUGUGCCUUUUAUUUAAAAAUGCCAAGAGCAGUUUACUUUUAGGAUGGUGUAAUAUUUUGACGGUUUUGCAGUGUGAUGUAAUACGUGGUUGUGAUGUGGCAGGUCAUUUGAAUGAACAGAUUUUAUUUGUAUAUUUCUGCUGCUGCGUUCAUGAUUUUACAAACAUUACACUCAAGUACAAAGUGAUUCUGUUUUAUGCAAAGCUUUCUCUGUACAUACUGUAUGUGUGAUUGGUUAUGUCAAAAAAAUGUUGUGCUAUUUUUGCCUUUGUCUUUGCACAUGUAUCAUGUUUCCCAUAUUUAUAUUGAACUGUACAGUGUAAGUAAUUUUGACAGCAUCUGGCUUUAAAUACAGAUUACUCAUUAAAGAGGUUAGCAAUAUAGUGUAGACUGGUAAAUGUGAGGAAAUGUCUAGAAAUUCAUGCUUGUUACGUCUAGAAAUUCAUGUUUGUUACAUGUACAAAACGGGAUUUACACUAAGACAAAAAACAUGAGAAAUUUUUGUCUUGUAGGAAAAUUUUCAACUCUGGUUUAGAAGUUUACUAUGCUCUUCUGUUAUAUAAAUACAAGCUUGUACUGAAUAAAAAGAUGACUGGCAUGAAACUAGAAUGUUUCUGUCGAGUACAGUCAUAUACAGUGAAACCUGUCUAAACCAGAUUACGCUGGAGACCUAAUAUCUAUCCAAUUUAGACAGGAUCCGGUGUUUAGAGUGUCACAUUUUAGAAUUUAGAAAAUUUGGGACCAUGAAACUUGGCCGGUUUUGACAAGAUUCCAAUUUGUUCAGGGUCUGGUUUAGACAUGUUUCACUGUAUUACAUUUUGGGUAUUAGGAGAGAUUUUUAUUAAUUUUAACUAAUACUUCUGACUAUUUUAGUAGAAAUGGGGAUAAUUUACCUAAUUAAUAUUUAUAACAUUGUUGGGGAGAUAUUUUAUACUAUAUAUAACAAUAGCAAAUAAAUAGGUUCAUGUGUGUUUUUGUGCAUGUGUGUGUGCAUGUUCAUGAACAAACACCAGUACACAUGUAGGUUGUUAACCUUUUUAACUGGUAAUUUUAACUUGUAAACAGAUUGUUGCUUAAAACUGAUAUAAUAGCAAUGCUUUACCUACAAAUGUUCACUUGUUUGACCAAUGUGUUUACUAUUUAUAAUAUUGUCCAUUUAUUGAUCAGUUGUCUAACAGUCGCUUUCAUAUAAGAAUUCAAAAUUCCUUUUAACCAUAUACAAUAUUCAGAAUUAAAAACAAAGGUCUAUGGAGAACUGUACAGUCGUGUUGCUAACAGAGAGUUUAGGCAUCACUGGGAAAACCGAGACUCCAGUAAUGACUGUUUUAAUGGUUUCAGUUUCAUGUUCAUUGUUUAAUCUAAAACAUAAUUUCUGCAUAUUGCAAUCAAAACUAGUCCAUAAUGGAUGAUUGGAGUAGCACUUUUUUAGUAGAAUCAAUGGGCAUUAUGGAUUCUGUUUGACGCUCAAACAUCAUUUAGAUCUGUGCAUGUUAAAUGUUAACAAGCCAACUAUCGAUGACAUGUCACCGAGUUAAUAAAAACUUAAUAAUAAUUAAUAAAUAAUAACUCCACUGUACCCGAUAUUUAGCAAGGAUAUAUUUUAGAGCCUUUUUUUUUCUUCUUUAAAUAUCUUGAUUCUACCAGGAAUGGAAAUUUAUACAAGAAACAGUUGUGGGAGGCAUAUUGGACUGGUGUAAAAAAAAUUAAUAUAUAUAUACUGAUCUCUCUAGCUAUUCUCUCGUUUACUUGCUGCUGUUUUAGUUCCAUGGUGCUAAUAUAUAUCUUUGUAUGUGUCAGAGGCAGCAGAAGUUUUCUAUCUCUAUUUAAAGUCUCAAAUGGUAGUCGGCUUUUGCUGAUUAAAUGUUGGUCAAGAAUAAAUCCUGAAACCUAAGAUAAUGGAUACAGUUGUAUACAGUUGUAUACAGUUUGUAUUGAUUUAGUUAACAGCUGGAGUACAGCCCAGACUCAAUUUGGACGUGAUUGUAUAUACAUGUACUUUGGUUCAAGUUAGUUUUAGACUCACAAGUUUGAGACUCAAAUCUGAACAAAGUUUGUUUAAAAACCCUGUCCCAAGUUAUUAGGGAAUGUUUCGACUCACAAGUUUGAGACCCAUGUCUGAACAAAGCUUGUCAAAAGCCCUGUCCCUAAUUUAAUGUUAAAUGUUUGGCUAUUACAACUUUUUGUACCAUUAAAAUACCUGUUAAAUUGUAAAUUUUUGGCAAAUUUAGUGUUUUAGGUUAUCCUGGUGUUUGUAGUACAUAUAGUUCCAAAUGCAUGUUAUGCAAACCUAGGGUCAAACCUAGGAUCAGUGACUCUGAACCCAAUGACAGGUGACAGUGAAGGUAUACAUUAAUAGUCUGUUAUUGCCAGUUAUGUGUAUGUUGUAGAAUAUGUUUUGUAAAUGUCAAUAAUGGGGGUAUUAAUAUUUAUAAGUGCUUAUCCUGCAUGUAGAAUAUAUUGGCAACUGACUGUACAAAUAUCAUGUAUGUAUUAAUGAGGGAGACUGAUUAUAUAAGAUAUAUAUUACAUUUAUUACAGUGUAUUAUAUGUGUAUAUGGUAGAAUUUUAAAACUAGUUGUAGCCACUUUUGUAUGAAACUUAUUUCUACCAACUUGUAUUCUCAUAUUCAUCAUGUAAAACAGUUAUAAAAACGGACUGUGUUCAUCAAAUUUCAACAUUGCAUGUACAAAUCCUAUAAAUAAAACCAUAUAUGAAAGUA